AUGGCAGUGAAGUUUUCCGUGUGGGUCAUCAACAUCGGACACUUUGGAGAUCCGGUCCACGGCGGGUCCUGGGUCCGAGGGGCCAUCUAUUAUUUUAAGAUUGCGGUCGCCCUGGCUGUGGCUGCCAUCCCUGAGGGUCUGCCUGCCGUCAUCACCACCUGCCUCGCCCUCGGCACGCGGCGCAUGGCCAAAAAGAACGCCAUCGUCCGCAGCCUACCAUCAGUGGAAACUCUGGGCUGCACGUCGGUUAUCUGCUCUGACAAAACCGGAACUCUCACCACCAACCAGAUGUCCGUCUGCAGGAUGUUCAUCGCAGAUAAAGCAGAGGAGUCCAGCUGCACCCUGCAUGAGUUCUCAAUAACUGGUUCUACAUAUACUCCUGAGGGACAAAUGUGA